AUGCAGACAGCCUCCAAGUUGGUGGUCCCAAAAUCCUUUGUAUUGCCAAGAAGGCUUGGUACUCCAUCAAAACUGACGUAUGAUUCUAGCUCAAGGCCUCAUCAAUCUAUGCAUCAGUUAGAAUCGAUUGACAUCAAGGGUAAGAAAGGGACGAAAAAACGGGGAUUUGAUCCUUCCGUUUCGAUUUUCAGAGCACGAACAGCAGGGUCGCUCUUUGAUCACGACAGCACCGACGCAUCGGACGAAGAAGAUGACUUGUUUACAUUGAGAAUGGCAAAUCCAAUUUGUGAUAGCAGCGACGACGAAAGUGAAGAAGGCUCGUCGUAUCAGCGGCCACCUCUGAAAAAUGAGCUGCACACGCUGAUGUGGAGUUCUCGACUCGAAGAAGAUGAUAUCAAAGGAUUUUCUCUUGGUGGUCUUUUACUGAUCUAA